CAGAUCGCCAAACGCCACGCGCGGGUCGAUGGCACGGCGGGGUCAACACGGUAUUCUUCAACUCUCGUUUGGAUGGUAGCUCAACCGCUUGUUGUGCUGGACGCAGCGAACGUUGCCACGGUCGUGCGAGGGGCCGUGCGAAUCCAGCGGUUGCAAAGUGCCAUCGACCACUUUGAACGAGUUGGGGUUCGGUGCAUUGCGUUUGCUCCGGGAUACUGGACCAAGUCGAAAGCCGUCACUCCACGAGGUCGGCAACAACAGUCUGCGGAGAUGGAACUUGACCAAAAAUCCGAGAUGGCGCUCGUGCAACAGCUCGUUCUCGCCGAGAAAGUUGUGUUGACUCCUCCCCAAGCGCAUGACGACCUGUUCAUUAUCGACUACGCGAUGAAGCACGACGGGUUUGUCUUGACGAACGAUAUGUUUCGCGAUCAUGUGGCCAACAAGAUGCAAUUUCAUGGCAAGGAGUUGACUGAAGCGUGGGUGAAGAGCAACUGCAUCACGUUUGCUUUUGUCGGCACCGAGUUCCUGCCCAGUGCGCAGCACAUGCAGGCCCUCUUGCGCCCAAAGCACCCACUACCCAAAACAGUUGACGUAACUAGCAGUCCUCGAUCCAAGGCAGUGGAAGGAAGUCCUCGACUCUCCACCAACUCGAUGGCCACCAAGCCUGGGCUUACCAAGAAGACUCCGCUUCCUGCUGCGCCAAGCGGUCGUUCCAGCAGUCCACGUGCCAAAUCUCCAGCUUCCUCCAGGGACAACAGCACCACCAAGAUGUCGGACACCCGGACGACCGCGGCACGUCUGACCAUCAUCACAUCACACUCACAACCCCAGCCGCCAGACGACGAAUUGAGCUUUGAAGAGGAAGUUCGCACAAGUCUUCAUCCCUCCACUACUGAACAGGCUCCACAAAAACACCAACGCACAGCAAAGACACCAGUGCAGUCGCGGGUCUCCACACCGCGUCAUAGCACGCCGUCCAAGUCCAACAACAUGUACAAUUCCCUCGACGAAACGUCCGCAUCCAGCGACGACGACAAGGCGCACCGCAGCAAGAAGCAUGCAAGCCAACACGAAGAGCCCCACGAAAGUCGACCGAAUAUCCUAAACGACUGGAACGCACUCCAGUCGAUCAUUGCCAAGUGCAAUCUGCCAGCGGUCGCUGUCCGCUCGACCAACAACCAAGAAGACGACAUCUCUGUCACACAUCCCAAUCCAAACCAGACUGCCGUCGUCGCCACGAAGGUAUUGACUCCAUCGCAAAAAAAGCGAGGACGUCGACGUGCAAAUUUGAAGAAACAAGCUGCCGCUGCAAUGGUGUACCGCGGUAAGCUCUGGGUCCUCUGCGCUAUCCCUUUGGUGGGGGGAUUGGUGCUAAAUUCCUUUCUUAGUGCGAACCCCCCAUCCAUAGGGAGAGUGUGAAUUAGAUCGUUCCAGCGGGGCUGGUUGCAUCUGCUCUGUGGCAACCCCGCAGUGCCGAUAGAAUUCACAGCAAUUUACACUCGUUGCCGUGUUUGC